CUGAUCUGCGCUGCUUCGGAUUGCUGCCGCGGCCUUCUGUUGCUCUCCCCUGUGCGCGGCGCACACUGAUGAGGCGCCCGCGCGGCUGAGCGGCUGCCCCCCUGUGCACGCCCGCGCUAAACGCGAGAGAGCCUUCCAUCGAGCACGCGCGCAAAUGGCCACAGAUGCAGCCACGGGCAAGGCAGCAGAGCACGAGGCCGCCUGCCUCGAGCGUGAGCGGCGCCGGGGCCGCUCGCAGACCUUCCCCUCGCCUUCUCUCGCAGCGAGGCAGUUGCAGCGCUCGCCCGCCAGCAGCAGGGCUCCGCGGGCAGUCAGCAGCGCCACGGCAGCAGAAAGCGCCAAUCCCAGGCAUCCAAGACGCCGCACCUCAGGGCUAGGCACGCUGCGGCAGCUGAGCGGCUGUGCGGUGCCGCCAUGGGGCUGCGCAUGCAAGGAAAUUGGGCAAGCGAGCGCUUGUGCGAGGCGAGCUGCAAAGCGCGCGCCAGAUGAUGCAGCGGCUGAGGGAAUCAGGCCAAGAGGCCGAGAGGAGGCGAGAUCGGAGGCUCGGGCUCGGCCUUCUCACGCAGACGAGUGGCACUCUGCCCUGACGAGUGAGCGGUUCGGCGGGCGUGCUCAUUGAAUCGAACGGCCUCUCAGGAGCAGAUGGGACGGAAGCAGGCCUCUCAUCAGGGGUGGACAAGAGAGCUGCGGACGCGCCUCGUCGCGCGCCGUUGGGCUGAGGAGCGGC